UCCGCUCGGCGGCGGCCGGCCACUGUUGAGCCGUUGCUCGAAAGAAGAAUAGAAUGAAGCUCGUCGCUCGCGACGUUUGCACUUUGUCCCCGUCACGAGGGGAAACGGGCACGUGUCCCUUUAAGAGGCUCCUGUUACCGGAAGUCGGAGGGGCGGUUCCGGCCGACCGAGCCACACAACGGAGAGCGUCCGCGGCCCCGAGCCCGUCUCGUCUUGUUUUUUGUCUCGUGCGAUCCUGUCAUGGUGCCACGGCGCGGACGUCGGACAUGGCGUCACUAGCGGGCUCGAGUGAUGCCAAGGCCGCCGAACUGGACGCGUCUCUGCGCCAGAUGCUCAAGGCCAUCGCAGACGAGCGCAACCGACUCAACGCCCGUCAGGAGCUCAGCGGCCUCGGGUGCGUGAAGGAUGACCGCAUCGUCUUCUGGACGUGGAUGUUCUCGACGUACUUCAUGGAGAAGUGUGCCCCGCGGCAGGACGACAUGCUGUUCUACGUUCGCAGGAAGUUGGCGUACGUGGACGCUGACGAUGGCAAGAAGGUGGAGGUGGAGGUUUACAGGCGAGACUCCAAGAAGCUUCCGGGCCUCGGGGACCCCGACAUCGACUGGGAGGAGAGCGUCUACCUCAACCUGGUCCUGCAGAAGCUCGACUACGUGGUGACGUGCGCCGUGUGCACGCGCUCGGACGCCGGCGACAUCCACGUGCACAAGAAGAAAUGUCAGGAAGUGUUUGCAUCUCCCAGCAAGCACGCCAUGGACAGCAAAGGGGAGGAGUCCAAGAUCAGCUACCCAAACAUCUUCUUCAUGAUUGACAACUUUGAUGAGGUGUUUUGUGACAUGAGCGUGGGCGAGGGCGAGAUGGUGUGCGUGGAGCUGGUGGCCAGCGACAAGACCGACACCUUCCAGGGGGUCAUCUUCCAGGGCUCCAUCCGCUACGAGGCGCUGCGGAAAGUCUACGACAACCGGGUCAGCGUGGCGGCUAAGAUGGCCCAGCGAAUGUCGUUCGGCUUCUACAAGUUCAACAACAUGGAGUUUGUGCGCAUGAAGGGGCCGCAGGGCAAAGGUCACGCCGAGAUGGCCGUCAGCAGGGUGCCCGACGGAGCGGAUGAGCGGUGCGAGCGGGACGAGUGCAGCGCGCCGGCGCACGACAGGGUGAGGACGUCUGACCCACUUUGCUCCCAACUGUGUUUGCUUCCUGCUGGCCCGGCCCAGCCCGUGUUGUCAUGUGACCUCGUUCAGCACGCCGCCGACCCCCGAGAGGAACCGUCCGUCGUUUUUUUCGCCGGCGCUACGACGCAAGCUCCCGCGGCACAAAAUGGCCGAGAUGAAGAAAUCGCACUCGGCCAACGACAGCGAGGAGCUGUUCCGGGAGGACGACGACCAAGAGCUCUGCGGCGGCGGCGGCAACCUGCGCUCGCGCUCGUUGUCGGGGACGGGCCGCUCGCUGGUGGGAUCGUGGCUCAAGCUGAACCACGCCGACGACUCCUUCCCGCUCUUCUCCCACCUCACCUACGUUACGCUGCCGCUGCACCGCAUCACCGCCGACAUCUUGGAGGUGCGUCAGAAGCCCAUCCUGAUGACGUAGCAGCGGCGGCGGGUGCCCAGUGAGCAAGUGCCUCCCUGCGCCGGGCCCCACGGCCAGACCAGAGCGAUGAAGAACCAGCCGUCCAGCAAGUGCCUCCUCCUCCUCCUCCUCACGCCCCCCCUCCACCUCAGCAAAAACUCCGACAAGAAGUGAUGUCACAGGAGUUGCUUUGAAGGAGCCGUUCCACGCUUGACGGCAAGUAUUCUGUCUGACGUAUCGGCAGUGAUGUCACUUGACCAAGUCGGCGCCUUCCGCCAUUCCAAGAUGGCGGGCGGGCACAGGACCGAGACGCUUCCUGGAAGCCCCGCGUCGCGCUUUGGAUUUGAGAAGUCGCGCCGCCGCACGCGGGACUCGCGCACGCCUCACUCACGCCAGCGGUGCUUUUGAUGUUUUUGCGACACCUGUGUUCUUCACGUCUGUCGGGUGAAAAACUUUCCAAAUGCCAACCUUGUUGACAAAUUAAAGCAGAUAGACAAA